CGAUUGUCGCGCCUUCUGCUGUUAAAAAAGAAUACUCUCAAUGAGUUGAACGGAAGACUAGAAAUUAUCGAAGACCGAAUUUCUUUUUCAAUUUGCCACUAUGGGUAUUUCCCGAGAUCAUUGGCAUAAGAGGAGAGCUACCGGUGGGAAGCGGAAGCCUCUUCGAAAGAAGAGGAAGUUUGAGUUAGGACGCCCAGCUGCAAAUACUAAACUUGGGCCUCAGCGUAUUCAUACGGUACGCACACGUGGAGGUAAUAAAAAAUACAGGGCACUGCGUCUGGAUACUGGAAACUUUUCAUGGGGAUCAGAAUGCACAGCAAGAAAGACCAGAGUUAUUGAUGUUGUGUAUAAUGCAUCAAACAAUGAGUUAGUUCGUACGAAAACACUCGUCAAAAAUGCAAUAGUAACAAUAGAUGCAACGCCCUUCAGACAUUGGUAUGAAAGCCAUUAUGCUCUUCCAUUGGGACGAAAGCGAGGUGCAAAAUUG